AUGUCUCAGGUCGCAGUCUCACGAUCCAUUCAAAGCACUCUUUUGUGCCCCUCUUCUAGAUCUGCAAGUGACAGGGCCCAAAACCUGUUAAAGCCUCAAUAUUUUGCUUCGAAGGUGUUACCUUCACCAGGGAACAAUAACAAAAGCUCCCAACUCGGCCUCAGAAGCUUUCAGAUCAGUGCAGGGAAAUCUGCCCCUUCUGAAGUCAUCCCCGUGUCACCCGAAGAUGAUCCACAGAUUGAGGAGCAUUUGCGACAUUUACGUGGGGUGCAGCCAUUUGGUGAGAAUUCGGGUGGGAUGUGGUCGAAGCCCACGUUUAGGCGCAAGACCAAGAUCGUAUGUACCAUUGGACCAUCUACCAAUACGAAGGAAAUGAUUUGGAAGCUGGCUGAGGCUGGGAUGAACGUUGCUCGGUUGAAUAUGUCUCAUGGGGACCAUGCUUCUCAUCAGAAAGUUAUUGACUUGGUUAAGGAAUAUAAUGCUCAAAACAAGGACAAUGUGAUUGCAAUCAUGCUUGACACAAAGGGUCCUGAAGUUAGGAGUGGGGAUUUGCCACAACCUAUCAUAUUAAUGCCUGGGCAGGAAUUCACUUUUACUAUUCAAAGAGGUGUUGGAACUGCAGAUUGUGUUAGUGUGAACUACGAUGAUUUUGUCAAUGAUGUGGAAGUGGGCGAUAUGCUUCUUGUUGAUGGUGGUAUGAUGUCUAUGGUGGUUAAGUCUAAGACACAGGAUUCUGUGAAAUGUGAAGUUGUUGAUGGAGGAGAGCUGAAGUCUAGGCGACAUUUGAAUGUUAGAGGAAAAAGUGCAACACUUCCUUCAAUCACUGAGAAGGAUUGGGAUGAUAUCAAGUUUGGAGUUGAUAACAAAGUUGACUUCUAUGCUGUUUCCUUUGUUAAGGAUGCUGAAGUUGUUCAUGAACUGAAGAAUUAUUUGAAGAGCAGUGGUGUUGAUAUACAUGUUAUUGUAAAAAUUGAAAGCGCAGACUCAAUCCCAAAUUUGAACUCAAUUAUCACUGCAUCUGAUGGGGCUAUGGUUGCCAGAGGAGAUCUUGGUGCUGAGCUCCCCAUUGAAGAGGUUCCACUUUUGCAGGAAGAGAUAAUCAACUUGUGUCGUAGCAUGGGAAAGGCUGUUAUUGUGGCAACAAAUAUGCUAGAAAGCAUGAUUGUUCAUCCAACUCCUACCAGAGCAGAGGUAUCAGAUAUAGCAAUUGCUGUUCGAGAAGGUUCUGAUGGAAUAAUGUUGUCUGGAGAAACAGCUCAUGGAAAGUUCCCGUUAAAAGCUGUGAAAGUAAUGCACACAGUAGCAUUGCGGACAGAGGCCACUAUACCAGGUGGUCUUAUGCCACCUAACAUUGGUCCAGUGUUCAAGAACCGCAUGAGUGAGAUGUUUGCAUACCAUGCAACAAUGAUGUCUAACACCCUUGGAACCUCAACUGUUGUCUUCACUAGAACUGGUUUCAUGGCUAUCUUACUGAGCCACUAUCGUCCUUCUGGCACCAUAUUUGCUUUUACAGAUGAGAAGAGGGUGCAGCAGAGGCUUGCUUUGUAUCAAGGAGUCUGUCCCAUAUACAUGGAAUUCUGUGACGAUUCUGAGGCAACCUUCAGAAGAGCCUUGGACCUUCUGCAGAAGCAAGGAAUGGUGAAGGAAGGAGAAGAAGUAGCACUUGUACAAAGUGGAAGGCAACCCAUAUGGAGGUUCCAAUCCACGCACAAUAUCCAGGUUAGGAAAGUGUAA